GUAUGAUCCCCGAUGGCAAAAUUGCACCCCUGGAUUUCACUUACCAUAGUGACAGGUUUGAAUUUUCACUAAUGGUAUAUGACUUUCUCUCUCUCAUUAAAUAGCAUUCUUCCAAAUAUUGCAACAACUUUUGUUUGACAGAUAGGCGUUUCACCAAACAUCCUACUCACCGGAUAAACAUUGUUUUUAAAAUUUGCAAGCAUUGCACAAAGUCUCGGUUUUUAGGGCCUGCUGCAUGCUUCCCAUCUUGCACAAAAAUACAAUUCUUGAUUUGUGUGUCCCGCAUAAAGCAAGGGCGCUUUACCUUUCCUUCAUUUUCAUUUUGCAAAGAUCCGUUUUCUUGAAUUUUAGGCUUCUAGAAGAGAAUGGCUGCCGCAAACUCACAAGAGAGAAACACGAGCAAUGCUGAUUCGCCAGGUUCAAAUAUGGUGGAGACGUUGAAACAAUUACUUGUUAGGUAUGGAACUCAGCUUCUUAAACCGUGUGAUUCUACAGAAGAGCUUCUGGAAUUACUUCAUAAUUUACAUUGUGUUUUAAUACACACACUUCAUGAUCACAAGGACCGGGUACAAUUGGCACUUCAAUCAUCAAAAGAAGCGCUAAUUGCCAAUGAGCUUAUAAGACAUACUGAAAGGGAUGUAAGAAUUUCAGUGGCCUCAUGUAUCUCUGAGAUCGUACGAAUAACUGCACCUGAUGAACCAUACAAGGAAGACCAGAUGAAGGAGUAUUUUGGGCUUCUUAAUACUGCUCUUGAGAACUUGUCUUUCAUGUCUGGCGGAGCCUAUUUAAAAGCUGUGUCGAUCGUCAGGUCUAUUUCAUUAUGUCAGUCAUGCGUGCUGAUGUUGGAUCAUCAGUUGUACGACAGUAUCCGUCAAAUGUUUCACCUGUUCUUCAAUGUCAUAAGAAGCAGCCACCAUCCGGCUAUAUUCUCAAACAUGGUGAAUAUCAUGGCGGGGAUCGUUCGUGCCAAUGAUGACAAUGAUGAAUUUUCCGUGAAACUUGCAAAAAUCCUUCUUGCUAGGUUAAAGAAGGAAGAUCAAAAUGUUACACCAGCUUCAUUCCAGCUGGCGGAGGGCACAUUUAAGAAUUGCUCCAGUGCACUCAAGGAGCAUCUUCCUAAAGCUGCAAAAAGUUUGGGAAUUCCCAUCGAGGAUUAUGCUGAAGUAGUUGCAUCGUUAUUACAGGGUGCAACUCAAGGGGAAAAAAACAUGGACGUUGAACGUAAUGAAGAUGCCACGUGUCAGGUGGAAGGUGGUUCUGCAGUAACCCCACCUGGCUUAACGGUAAGCGAUGAUGUUCUUAUUCGGAGAAAAAGGAGUCGGAAACCGAACUCCUUACUUAAACCAGAGGAGGGCUAUGAUCCUUUGUGGACGUUGCAAGGGUCUCAGACGAGGGAAGCUCCCGCAAAGAAAGGCAAGAGAAAGACUAUUCUUUCUGAAGACCCAAUCGAUGCCAUCCUUAACAAGAGAUUGCCUUCUCAAUCCACAUCUACAUCAUCGAAAGGGGAAGCCUUAUCUGGGGAAGUCUCUAACUUUCAAAAUAAGAAGAAGAGUACCGCGUCUGACGACAAGGGUUCCGAGGUAAAGGGCGCAAGCAGUUGUGUUGGUGAAGAGGUGGUUGGCCGCAGGAUAAAGGUUUUCUGGCCACUGGAUCAGAUUUUUUAUGAAGGGAAAAUUACAUCUUUCGACCAUUCGAAUAAAACACACCAGGUUGUCUACGAUGACGGUGACCAUGAAAAAUUAGACCUCAGUAAGGAAUGCUGGCUACUGAUAGGUGACGACGGUUUGUCCACUCAGAAGAUUGAUGCAAAUCCAGGUUCCUCAGCAGAGAUAUUGACUGAUCAUGGAACAACGUCUUCUCGUAUGUCGAAAGGGAAAGAGAAGGAAAUUUGGAUCGAGAUUCUAGACUGAUUCUUUGGCUUUCAUGCUAACCUAAAGAAGCAAUUCUACUCGUUUCGAGUAAAGGUUUCUUGUGGACGAAAGAGAUAAUAUUUGAUGCUGCUAUGUUAAGAGCUUAAUCGAUUUUUUUGUUUGCUAAUCGCAAUUAAGGAGUUGCCCGGAUUUUCAUAAAUAGGGGUGUAAACAAAUUGGGUCGAACCGAACAUAUGUUUGAAUGUUUAUCAAGCUUUCACAGUUGUGUUUAAGCUUGGUUCCAUAGAGAAAUUCAGCCGAGCUCGAACGAGCUUUAAUCUUACAAUAAAUUAAUCUUUUAAUUAUUCAGCCGAGCUCGAAAA